GGGGUGGAAGGCGUGCAGAUUUUAAAUUUCAAGCUGUAAUGUCGCGUCAGUUGAGUUUUAAUCCCCGCAAGGAAUAUGAAUUGAUUGAAUACCCAGGCCGCGUAGUCCACACGGAGCGUAUGCUGGCCACCUUGGGCGGAAUUGUCAAAGUUUCCAGAGUCUUGGGCGAUGAGGUGAAGCGUCUGGAACUGCGCUUUCAUCCAAAGAAUCCCUAUAAUAAGCCCGCCUUUGGGGACUGCACCGACAAAACGGGAGUACUGCUCUCGGUGACUGUGCGGCGGCACAAGCGGGACAAGCUGCGCGCCCCACAGUACUUCGUUCGCGUGCUAGGACACUGCAGCCGCAGCUUCUCCUUCGAAUCUCUCUGUGAUUUUCAGUACUUGCCGCUGUGGACCACGCCACAGAGUGACAACAGCCAAGCGGCGUCAAAGCUCGAGUAUGCCCUGGAGCAAACGCAGCCCACAGACGUCACCGAUCUCGAGUUCUUCAAACGCCGUCAGAGUCAGCAUCUUUGCCUGCCCGAGCUGUUUGCCCGCGUGGACCUGGUGCAUACGGGCAACUACCGCAUCGAUGGCGCGGAGGAUGGCCUGCAGGAGGUGCUGGGAGUGCUGACAAAGUCCUCGUAUGACAGCUACGAUGUGGUCUCAUUCAACAUGCUGGACACCUUCCCCACCCAGGCAGACGCACAAAUAUUGAAACGCCUCAAAGUGAAGUACGUUUCCGAUGAACAAUUUGCGCGCGUGCAAAAAUUAUUCGACGAGUGCCCCAUCUGGACGCGCAUAGCGCUGCUGUACGAGUCCGGCGUGGGCACGGACAAACUCAAGUGCAUCAUACCCUCGCUGGCCUUUUACUUCAGCAAUGGGCCAUGGCGUACGCUGUAUGUGCGCUAUGGCUACGAUCCGCGCAAGGACUUCAACAGUCGCCACUAUCAGACCUUUGACUUUCGCCUGCGUUUUGGCACCGGCGUCUCCGAGUUUGUCUACUCGCGGAAGUCGGCCAAGCUGAAAAUGACCUCUGCUGCCGGCGCGGAGGAGCCAAAGUGUGAUUUGGUCCAGAACAUUGACUAUCCGUACUUCGACGAGCACAAACUGCCACGCUCCAGGCAGUGCAUGCUGCGCUACUGCGACGUGCGCAUCCAAAAGAUUCAGGAUAUGCUGGAGAAGAUUCCCACACCCCUCACUGGUGCCAUUUGCAACGAACGCACUGGAUGGCUGCCACCCAGCUUCGAUGCUCAGGUGCGGCAAAUUGUCUGCGCCACCAUCAGCGAUCUGUUGCGCAGUCACUAUCGCAAGGAACAUCUAAUGGCCGAGGUUGAGGCAGUGCCGCAGGCCGACGAGGAGGAGGAUGAUGGCGAGGACGAGGAGACGCAGGAAGAGGACAUGGAGCUGGACGACUCGCUGACAAUGAACAGCACAGAGACCUACAUGGACAAGGACAUUGAACAAUUGUUUAAUAAUAUUACAAGCUGAUAACAAUAUCGGAGUAUCGA